AAAAAACAAAAAAAAAAAAAAAAGGAUAGAAAAAAAGUAUUCCGUACUACAGCUGGAGUGGAGACAGUUGUGAGAACGAGACCCAGUGAGGGGCUAAAUAAAUAGAGAAAAAAAAAAAUAAUGAGAGUGAAAAUAAAAUAGAAUAAAAUAAAAGGCACAGAUUGAGAGAAGUGUUUAGGUUUUGGGGGGGGAAGGAGGAUAAUAGAAAGAGGGUUAGGAAACAAGUGGUGCCAGAGAGACGAAAUUCAUCCACCGUGCUAGGCAAUGAAUGGGGCAAAAGUAAGACACUUCUGCCGUAGUUGCACGAAGGGUCAGGGUGGUGGUGGUGGUGGUGGUGGUUGUUGUUGUUUUUGUUUCCUCUCCCGUUGUAGUAGUAUCGCCAGUAGUCAGGAAGUAGUAUUAGUAGCAGUAGUAGCACUUGGAGUGGUAAUGGGCGGCGGAGGGUGACGGGACCAUAGGCACUCGAAGCAUGGAUCAACGCGUGUCCAUUCCAACUGAAUGAAUGGGUUACCGCAAAGGAAUGAUAAAUGGAUGGAGAAAAGGUUUUAGAAUUGCAGACACAGUGAAGGACAAAACAACGGAGAAUAAAGAGGAUCAAAAGAACUACCAAAAGAGGGGCGAUUGAUUGAUGCAGAAAGAAGAGAAAGAUUGAGUCGGAGAGAGUGCGUGACUCCGUACUGACGAGGAGGUAACGUAUGUGUAUGGGGAUGGAUGUAAACUAGUUUACCUUAUCCUAUCCUCCAAAGGGGGUAUAUCUUCCCGUCCGGUAUCGUCAUAACACCGGUUGAUUACACCACAG